AUGCCAGUUGAAUACUUUAAAUGCAGUAGUGACCAGGAAAAUUGUACCCGAACAUGUGGCCCUGCCAACCAGGAUUGUGUUAAUAAGUGUACAGGAAAUUGUUCUGCUACAAUGAAAAAAACAUAUACAUAUGUGUUGCCUUCGUCUACUAUUGGACCUUCUCAAUCAUCAUCUACAUCAAGUGCUAAAUCUUCUCCUAGUAGUCUAUUAACCCCCACACGAAUUUGA